UCUCUCUCUCUCUCUCUCUCUCUCUCUCUCUUUACCCAUUGGCAACUGGAGUCGCGACGCCACCUUAUCUUUCAACCACCAACCUAUCCACGGAAUUUAUCCUUUGUAUGAACGUAGAGUUUCUACCACCCGCUGCGCUUUUAUUUCAUUUCGCGACUUGAUGAUCAUCCACCUUGCAGUCGACCGUCGCCAGUGUCCGGCAUCAUGGUCAUCAUGUUUACGGACAACUGCUGGCCGACUGAGAACCUGAUUCUCAAGACCGGGCGCAAACACUAUCGCUCCAACAUUGCCCCUUGGCACUGGCAACUACGAUCCUUGAUCUGCGCCGAAGGCAACAAUACCCUCUACUUUCCGACCGGCGUCAACAACAAUCACAUCACGCGACUGACCACCGACUCUCAAGAAUCUGAGACCAUCAAGAUCCUCGGCUUCCACCCUAGAUGUUUGGUAGCCCAAGGCGGCUGGAUAUGUUGCGGUGGUGAGAAUGGAGAAUUUGCAGUGAUACACGACGUUGAUCGACACCAAAACGGGCGCAAUGAAAACCGGAGUAGGGUUCCGGUGCGCACGAAUGUUGAUGAUGCGCUCAGCAGCAACCUCCAUUCACAACUCCGAUCUCUCGAAUCCCCUCCAGGUCAAGGAAGUGAUCCGUCUUUGAGCUCGUCAUUCAGCAGAGAAAUGUUCAAUCUGUUGGAGCAACGAUUAAAUGGCCCGACCAAGACAUGGACGUCGUCAAACCAUAAGUACGGAUCGGAGCGCGUCAAUUGCAUAACGCUUUGGGAACCUCCGAAAGCAACGCCCUUGUUUCCAGUUGCGCCUGGUCACUAUGCCACACCUGUUGCCGUUCUUUCGAACAACGACAAGACGGUUACCAUAGUGGGACUACACGAUUGUGAAUUCCUUGACGAAAUCGACCUGCCCGACUGCGUCAAUCGUAGCCUCAUAUCGCCGGAUGGUUCUUUGCUGGCCAGUAUCUGCGACGACCCGUUUCUCUACCUGCACAGCAGAAGGGCUGUGAACAAGGGCAAGAUUGAAGAGUAUCACGAGUGGAAACUACUAACACGAGUCCGUCUGGAAACCCCGCCCAAGACUGCUCGUGAUGAUAGCAGAGGAUCGUUUGCUGCCUCGUUUUCUUCGUCUGGACGUUUCCUGGCCAUCGGUAUCCAGAAUGGUACAAUCAGAGUUUUUGACGUCGCUGCAUUGCAGGAUCCCGAUAGAGAGCCUCUUGUUGCCUUUUUUGCUACGAGUCGGCAUCCUGAUACCACUGGUGCUGUACGGGACAUGGCAUUCUGCCCCGGUCCAUACGACUUGUUGGCCUGGACAGAGCAUCGGGGUCGAAUUGGUAUUGCCGACGCGCGCAGCAACUUUGCACAGAGACAAUUAAUCGCCCUGGAUCAGCAAGACGGUUAUGAACACAUAGCCCUGAACGAUAGGACCACCAUCGAUCCCCGUCUACUGGAACAGAGAAACGACCGUAACCCAUUGUCUGGAUCCUCAUCCCAUCUCGCCAGAUUACUCAGUCAGGCGAGCUCACCACAAACCCCUUCGCAAACCGCACCACAUGCCGAAAUCACGGAAGCACUAAACCAUGCAUUUACACCAGAAGAAACAGCAAUUCUGGAUGCUGUAACAACUGAACGGCGGCGGCGGGAAGCUAGGGAGGCGAGGGAGCAGAUCGCUCAAGAGAUCGCCCGGGGAAGCACAUCUUGGAGGUCAUCCUUGUGGGCUGAGCGUCGAGAAACACUUACACGAAUACUUGAGCGGGAACGCCGCGGCGCCCGUGACGCCCAUCGCGCAGCAGUGGGUCAGACGUCGACGUCAGUCGAGCAAGAACGCGAGAGGCGCGCCCCAACCCCCAGGAGACGGAGUUCCAUUAUGCAGGCUUUGACUCAAGAACCCGAACGCGCAGCUGGAGUCACGCCGCCUGUUCUGAGCCGCAUUGUAUCGCCUGGAAAUGAUAGCACAGGGGCAGCACAAGAUUCCCCAACUCCGUGGAGUUCGGGGAGACUUACUUCCGGUUGGGCUGACCUCGAGGCUUUGUAUAAUAUCACUGGAGGGGAUGGUGCCGGUUCUACCGACAACAUCCGCGUUCAGCCCAGUCGCACACGACGGGCAAUUCCUGUCGUCAAUGAGGCAUGGAAUGACGACCCCUCGGGAUUCGGGGCCCGUCAGCGCUACCCAAGAUUAAAUAGCCGUGAUCAUACCCAGCACCCAGAUGAUACGGCAGGCUUGACAUGGAGCGAAGAUGGACAGACUUUAUGGGUCGGCGCUGAGGACGGCGUCUAUGAGUUCAAGGUCAACUUACAGGGGCGCAAAACCUUCCCUGAGAUCAUUCUUCGGUAGUUCUUUGGCUUCAGUUGUGUAUCACUUGUAUCUGUGAUCAUUGGCAUCGGGACAUUGGCGUUUGAGGUUUCCAGCAUUCACGGUCACAAUUGGGCAACUCGGCAUGGCCAUAGGCCAACUCUUGGACGAAACGGCGAAUCGGAGUGUUGUUAUAUUUUAUGGAAAAGCUUAUCCGCCCGGUCACGCACUGAACUUCUUGGUUUAUGAGCAGUUUGCGGGUAUUGAUAGCGCUCUUCAGGGGAUUUCACACACGAAAAUACGUAUUUGCAGUAUACUCCUUGAUAUAUGUAUACUCUACUAUCUUGUGUCAACUAUUACACAUUUGAGAAACACUGUGAUUACUGCGAA